AUGCCGAUUCAUGAAAAUUUAGAAGACCAAUUGUGUAAAAGUUCCGAUAGUAUGAUACUAAGUGCUUCAACAGCUAGUAAUGACAUUUUAACGACUUCCAUGAGUAACAACUAUUUGAAUACUUCAGCCAGUAAUAGCAACGAUUUGGCCUCGUCAGACCUAUUGGAACUUGGAAUCUCACAAUUGAAUACUUCACAAUAUUAUGAAGUUCGGAAAUUUAUUAAUGAUGAGAGGCCGUUCAGUUUAGUUCGAAAUUUAAAAUUGGCCGAUUAUGUGACACUUCUUAAUGCCAUAUUGGGUUUUUUUCCUAUCAUUUAUAGUAUCAAAUUUUCAGUUGCUGAUGAACCAAGAUUUAUCUAUGUGUCAUAUUCCUGCAUAACGAUAGGGCUUUUAUGUGAUUUCUUGGAUGGUAGAAUCGCAAGAUGGAAUUCACAAUCAUCUCUAGUGGGUCAAGAGAUGGAUUCCUUGGCAGACUUAAUUUCCUUUGCCAUUGCGCCAAGUACAAUUGCCUUUGCAGUAGGGUUUCAAACAAACGUCGAUAUGCUUUGUUUAUCUUUUUUCAUUGCUUGUGUAUUAGCAAGAUUAGCAAGAUUCAAUGUCUCCGUCAAUUAUUUGCCCAAGGAUAUCUCUGGUAAAUCAAAAUACUUCGAAGGAUUACCAGCACCAACCUCGGUACUGUUAGUACUAUUCAUGUAUUUUCUAACUUUACGUUCCAAGACGAUGGCGUUCUUACCGCUCGGUGUAGCUUUCGAUUCUUAUAUUUUCGAAUUCCAUCCUUUAGUCCUCGUCUUUGUAAUCACAGGAUGUGGUAUGGUUUCGAAAAGAUUAAAAAUUCCAAAAUUAUAA